CAAAUAAGAACGAAGGCUUGGAUCUAGGGUUUUCGGCGGCCGAAAUUGUCUCUGGCAUUAUAUGAAUUCAUAUCUGAGCAUCCAAAAACGGCUUCCCGAGGGUUGCGCAGUGCGGCGUUGUAGGCAGGCGGCAGAAGCGAUGGUCAAAUUUAGGUUUCAUCAGUACCAGGUGGUGGGUCGAGCCCUUCCGACAGAGGGGGAGCCACACCCAAAGAUCUACCGUAUGAAGCUGUGGGCUACCAAUGACGUCCGAGCCAAAUCUAAGUUCUGGUACUUCUUAAGGAAGUUGAAAAAAGUGAAGAAGAGCAAUGGUCAAGUUCUUUCUAUCAACGAGAUUUUUGAGAGGAAGCCAACAAAGAUCAAGAACUACGGUAUCUGGCUGCGUUACCAAAGCAGAACAGGUUACCAUAACAUGUACAAGGAGUACAGGGACAUCACACUGAACGGUGCUGUUGAGCAGAUGUAUGAUGAAAUGGCAUCCCGCCACCGCGUGAGGUACCACGGCAUUCAGAUCAUAAAGACGGCUACCAUCCCUUCCAAGCUAUGCAAACGUGAAAGCACCAAGCAAUUCCAUGACUCCAAGAUCAAGUUCCCUCUCGUCUUCAAGAAAGUCAGGCCUCCCACCAGAAAGUUGAAGACCACCUUCAAGGCCUCUCGCCCUAAUCUGUUUACUUAGACAAGAAUAAGUUGCACAACAAUUAUUCGAGCUCUAAUUGUUGUAAUUUCAGAGUAUUUUUGACGGAUUAGAUAAAUGUCAUGCUAAUUAGUUAUUUGCCCGUUAGAAAAUUCUCAAUGUUAACUGUUAUUAUAUUUUUAUUUUACACCUGUAAUCUUUUAACUCA